AUGGGCGUCACUUCGCGCAGCAGGAACAAAAAGAGAACAUUGAGCCGCCUGCAAAACAAAUCUUUCAGCGUCGACGUCGGCUGCGGCUCCCUCGCGUUUCGGUUGAACCAGUCCAAGUUGCGAUCGCCACCAUCACCUCUGUCGCCGGAGCUGAUCUCACAACCUCCUGGGCCGUGCCACAAAAUCUUCGACUAUUCCGGCCAAGGCUUUCAUGAUCUACCGCCUGAUCGACUCGAACCUUGCACCGGGUCGUCCAAGAUUAACAUUGAGCAGCCUCAUCGGCGGCGGCAGCGUCAGCGAAAGCUUGUAGAGCUCGGCGACGGUGGCAAUGCCAACGGUCGGGCACCCCGUACCACACCUGCUCAUCUCUUUUGCGGAAAUAUCGCCGACGCGGAAACGGGGGAACGCUUGGAGUUGAUACGGCGCCGGUGGGAGUUUCCGGAGCCAGGUGGACGUACGAGUACCGCCGGACCACCUGGUGACGGCGUAGAAGCUAUGGAUUGUCCAGGUCCACGAGGAGAAUCUGCCACCUCAGGUCGUGAACGCUCUCUCGCCGAUUCGGUAGAAUGCGGCGAUUGGAUAGGUCUUUGGUGCGGCGAGAAGGAAUCUGACGAGGAGCGGGAGAGGCAGACGUCGACCUCUAUCCCUUGCGGUCCAGACCGGGUGAACAUUUCACAGGCUGAAACUCGCGUACGUGGUGGUGUUGGGAGGAGGUAUCGCAGCGGAGACUGGGAGAGGUGGCACGACAAGGAGGGAGAAGGAACAGAGCGGCCUGGUGGCUGUGAUGUCCUCGCGCCGCACGAUGCUAAGGGCAACGGCGACUACCAUUACGACUACCGCUACGAUCCCGACAGCGUCGAGGACAAUGACGACUUUUGUGGCCUCCGUGGUCGGCGCCACUUGCAGAGCACCACGGAAACGAAGGCCAGGACGAUCUUUGCCAAUACAAACGGGGUCGGGUCCAACCACAAGCCCACGUCGCCGUUUUCGCCGAGUGUAGGACGAAGGAAGAGGCCGUUCACAACCGGGGGUGGUUCUUCUGUACCCGUUGCCAACAAUCAACACGGCGGUGGAAGUGGCAGCGGCGCUAGCAGUGUGACGUUUGCGACAGACAUGCUGAACCACCCGAGUCACCAAGAGCCACCUACGCCCCGGUCGACGAAACGGGUAAUGUCACCGUUCUGGGUACCGCCCCCGCAGGAGCCGCCAUUGCUUUGUCGCGAAAUAGCCAAGAUGACCUCAGCUUUGGCGGCAGGGUGGCCGGGUGGCACGGCUGAGAAUGAAAGCAGAGGUAACGACAGUAGUCUAUCGCUGGGGAGAGGCAGGUACAAGUCGUCACCGAUCCGUAAGCGCGAGGGCAAGUGGCCGCUCGAGAGCAGCGACGACGCGAUGGCGACGUUCUCGUCGGCGGCAGGCACGGUUCAAGAAGACGAGCGUGUUCGUCGAACCAUGCUACAAGCGCAAGAAAUGAGGGACCGCUAUUUCAGGCAGAUGAUCAAGGACGAAUGCGCAGAGGAAGCGUGCCGAGCCGCCGCGCUUGCAAAGGCCGGUGGACACCCCCUCCGGUCGAAGCGCCUCCAGCUGCAGCACGAGCGAGAGCGGCAGGAAAAGCGCACCCUCAUCAACUGGAUACGGAAAGACACAGAGGUAGCGUUCGGAUUGUGGUGCUUGGUGGCAAUGUUCAAGUGCCACCCCGCUAGCGCCAGCUUGUCUCGAGAACGUUCGGAUUGUGGUGCUUGGUGGCGAUGUUCAAGUGCCACCCCGCUAGCGCCAGCUUGUCUCGAGAGUUGGCUGCCGUGA